CGCACCCGAAGAAGCUCUCAAAGCUGUUGAGCAUGUGUUUACACCACACUCGCUGAGGUUAGCUAGCUUCAACAUUAUUAUAAAAAAACCUCACCAAAAUGUCUUCGAAAAGUCGGGAUAACGACGACAACUUUGAAGGACAGUCUGCACAUAAGGAGGAAAUGAACAGAAAGAUCAAGGAGCAGAAGAUUGUAGUAGACGAGCUCUCCAAUCUGAAGAAAAACAGGAAAGUCUACAUCCAGCAGAGGAACAGUAACAUAUUCUUCCUAGCAGACAGAAGUCAGACACUGGGUUUGUGCAAAAAGGAACUGGAUAACAUGAAAAAGGAUCUGCAGGAUAUGUAAGACGGACCCUUACCGCAACAAUGUGUGGCAUCUUUUGUCUGUUGAGUCUGUCACCUACUCAGUUUGAGUGGGACAAAACAGUUCAUGAACAUUUGAAAAGAAGAGGGCCCAACUUGAGCCAGGAUCUCACAGUUCGAGGCACAAAUCCCAGCUAUCGGUGUUUCUUCUCCGCUCAUGUUCUUCACAUGAGAGGCAUUCU